AUGCAUGGGAAUGCAAGUCAAUAUGCUCAAUUGAUUAUCGAUGUGUUAAUACGCCUGGUAGUUAUAACUGUAUCGCAAAAUGUCAACAGGGUUAUCGAUUUAACGCCGAAGAAAGGAGAUGCCAAGAUAUUAAUGAGUGCUUGUCCAGCCCAUGUGGUGAAAAUCAAGAUUGUAUUAACACAAGAGGCAGUUAUGAAUGUUUAUGUCGGCCAGGAUCUAGACGAAUGCUCUUUAAAUCCGCCACGAUGCAAGUAUUUAUGUAUCAACUUGCCAGGAAGUUAUCGAUGUGCAUGCAAACCCGGAUAUCAACCAAUACCUCAAGAUCCAGAUGAUUGUUGGGGUUGGCAUCUAUAUCUUUUUAUUAGUAAUGUAAACGAAUGUGAGCAAAAGCCGUCUCCAUGUUCUGGAAAAUGUUACAAUACAUUGGGUUCAUAUUACUGUGGAUGUAUUAAACCCGGAUUUACAACAAAUUUAUUAGGAGAAUGCGAAGCGAUCAUUAGUAGAAAUUUCACUUUAGUUGCUGCAGUUAUUUCAGAGAAUAGAUUAAAGUUGAUAAUAGAAAUUUUACCUCGUGCAUUACCAGAUAUUAACGAAUGUGAGCAAAAUCCAUCUCCGUGUCCUGCUAAUUGUCGUAAUACCUUGGGAUCCUACUUCUGCCUAUGCAAUAAGCGAGGCUACAGAAGUAACAAUCGAGGAGAUUGUGAAGAUAUCGACGAGUGCUCUCUAGGCAUUAGCCGUUGUUCCGGUCGGUGUUAUAACUAUGAUGGAGGAUAUAAAUGCAUAUGCGAUAGAGGUUAUUUACAAGUUACCGGUAAUCGUGGGAGCUCAUGCAUAAAAGAAGAUGCUGAAAGAUGCUAUGAUAAACAGUGUGGUUACAACAGUUUAUGCGUGAAAAGGAACAAUAUUUCCGUUUGUGCUUGUAAAAAAGGUUUUAAGCCCUACCGCAAUACAGACUCUUGCCUCGAUGAUGACGAAUGCAGGUUAGAACCCUGCCAGUAUCGAUGUAAAGAAACGUUUGGAUCGUACAGGUGCUUGUGUCCGCCAGGCUUUACUGUUGAUCAUCAUUUAUGCAAAGAUAUUGAUGAAUGUACCUCUCAAAAUCAUCCGUGUAACAACAGCCAUAUAUGUAUCAACACUUUCGGCAGUUAUCGUUGUGUACCAGAUAGAAAGUCUUUAUGCAAGCUCCCGUCCUUGUAUUCGGCUCAUCUUCGAACAUGUAUCAGGUUUUCUCAUACAGCAGGUGUUUCUAUUUUACAAUCAUUUGAUUGGAUUGGAUUACCUUUAAAUACCCCAGCAAACGUUUCUGUUUUCAUAAUAAACAUGAAAACAUUCAAUCACUUCUUUGGAUCUUGUAUCAACUGUACCAAUCAACUUAGCAUUAGAUAUCGCAUUAUAGGAGGCAACAAUGGCCAUUCCUUCUCCUUACGAGGCGGUUCCAAUUAUAACAUGGUUGUCUUUACCGAACGACAAUUAAUAACAUCUAACGCUGAAUAUCCAUUACAAAUAUUAACGAAACAGGUAUUGAACAACAUUAAUAAGAGAGGACAGGGUAAGGAAGGUGACUACGAAGACAGGGACUAA